AUGACUCCACAGCUUCUUGAGUUCGUCAUUCCACUUUUGGAAAUGGAUCUGAGCUUCUCUUGUCCAGUUGCUAAAAUUCCAGGAAAAUCUGCUCUUCAAAUUGCACUCUGCAAAGAAAUGAGAGUUGAGGUAAGGCUUGCAACACUUCUAAUGGAAAAUAAGGAGUUUUCAGAAGCUUUGACUUUACUCUCCAGCUCUGUCAAAGAGGUUAGAAGAUUAGAUGACAAGCUUCUACUUGUAGACAUAGAAUUGCUGGAAAGCAAGCUACACUUCUCAUUAAGGAACCUUCCAAAGGCAAAAGCUGCACUCAUAGCAGCAAGAACAGCUGCAAAUGCUAUUUAUGUGCCGCCGGCACAGCAAGGUGCCAUAGAUCUGCAAAGUGGACUACUGCAUGCUGAGGAGAAGGAUUAG